AUGUACCUUCUACGAGUCCUACUACAAUAAAAAGUCCACCUAAUACUCUUAUUAAAAUAAACGAAUUUAUAACUAAAACAAAUUCUUAAUUUGAAAAAGAGAAUUCUAAUUAAGAAACACCUUAACUUUCAAGUAAAAUAACGCCUGAAUACGAUAUAAAUUAUUAUUAAAGUGAAGCUUGUACAUAUUAUUUAGCGAACUUAUUACUUUUAAAUUAAAUUAAAUCUCUGUAGCAAGAAAAAAAUACUCUAAUCGAAAAUAUUGAAAAACUCGAGAAUUAAUAAUUAGAAUAACACCUAAAAUUAAAAAGAAAUCGAAGAACAGCUAAUUAAAUUGAUCGAAAUUUCUAAUGUCCAUGUAAUUCCUGUAAAAAAGUAUAUGGAUCGGAAGGAUCUUUAAGCUAACAUAUAAAACUUAAACAUUCUGAAUAUUUUGAAUAAAUGA